AUGUUCUGGAGUGGUAAUUAUUUGGUAGUUAAGGAGCUAAAUUUACUCCUUAAGGAGGAGAAUGUUACAUUGACGCAAGUUUUAGAGGCGGAUGAUAUUCUGCAAGAAUGCAAUGCAGACAACAAGGCCUUAAUACAAUUUUUAACAAAACCAGACAUUCUUUCGGAGUUGAUUGGUCUUAUCACAGAAGAGCCCCCAAAAAAUGUAGAACUUACAUCUCAAUACCGACAUGCCAACAUAGCGAGUGAAGUGCUAACAAGCAAUCUGUCUAUGUUACGGGAUCGUUUAUCAAUGGAUGCAACUCAGAUGAACAGGCUAUGUAACUUUGUUACUAAAGACCCACCAUUGAAUCCACUACUGGCUUCAUAUUUCAGUAAAACUAUUAAAAUGUUACUCGAGAGAAGACCAAAGCAGGAUUGGUGUUCGCAUGCUAUUGUGCGUUUGCAAGUACUUGAGUUUUUUAGAUCACGAAGAGACUUUUUACCUAAUCUACUUAAGCACAUAUCCACCUCAGGCAUCUGUGAUACUCUGAAGUGCUUCCUAGAUCUCGAGGAUCCUCGUGGAGAUUUCAUAAAAGUAGUCUUGGAGUGGUUUGAUGAACACCAGUUUCUUGAGAGUCUCAUUCAAAUAAUCUGUGGCACGUAUGACCCUCACGAGGCUCACUUAACCUCUCUACAACUAUCUGAGAAACAGGAAAAAGCACAAAAUGAAGGCAAUGAAAAGUUUGAUUCUAAUCACAAUGCAACCGAUGAAGAGACACAACCUCAACAAGACGAAGUUGUCAAUAAGAAUGAGGAAAAUAUCACUAACACAAAUGGGGAGACAGAAGAGCUGGAGAGACCUCCAUCUCCUCGGAAGGGCGAGGAGCAGGGAGCGGGGGGCGGCGCGGCGGCCCAGGACCAGGAGAGCAGCAGGCAGCAGGAGCGCAUGCGCGAGGUGGCGGCGGCCAAUGCGGCCGACCUGUUGUAUGACAUCGCUCUGGAAUCUAGUACUGAGUUAUUAUAUAAUAUAAGGUGGUGCGCGGGGCGCGAGGUGGCGGCGCGCCUGCGCGAGGAGGAGGCCGUGCGCCGCCUGCUGCAGGGCGUGUUCACGUGCGCGCCGGCCGCGCGCGCGCGCGCGCUGCUGCACGCCGCGCGCGUGCUGUUGGCGCUGCUGCACGCGCGCGCCGAGCCCGGCCGCCACGCCGCGCUGGAGCGCGCGCUGGCGCCGCACCUGCCGCUGCUGCACCACGCGCUGCUGCACCCGCCGCCCGACGCCAGGGCGGCGGCGGCGGCGGCGGGCGAGGCGCGCGUGGGCGCGGCGCGCGUGGCGGUGGCGGCGCUGCUGGCGCGCCUGGCGCAGGCCGAGGCGCCCGACGUGCCCACCGCGCUCGUCAGCCUCGGCACGGCGGGCGUGCUGCUGGAGCUGGUGUUCGCGUUCCCGCAGCACAACCUGCUGCACGGCGCCGUGGCCGCGCUGCUGGCCGCCGCCGCCGCCAACGCGCGCUACGCCGACCGCUACGUCGCGCACUUCCUGGAAGAUUGCGAUCUUUUGAAUCGGCUAAUGGAUGCUUUUGAAGAAAAUGAAGACAAAAAUGGCGGCGGCGUGCGCGCCGGGUACAUGGGGCACGUGGUGGCGCUGCUGCGCGCGCUGGACGCGGCGCCGGCGCUGGGCGCGGCGCUGGCGGCGGGCGCGCCGGGCGCCGCGCGCUGGCCCGCCUUCCGCGACGCGCGCCUGCGCCCGCUGCUGCUGCGCCUCGACACGCCGCUCGGUGGCUGUGAUCCAUCGAAGUUUUCCUAUGAGACCGACUACAUGGCGGACACGUUGGAGGACAACUAUGAUUACGCGGCGGGCGGCGCGCUGGACGCGGACGCGGCGGCGGGCGACGCGCGCGGCAUGGACAGCGCUAAGAACAAUUUCCUAGAGUUAGCCAAUGAACGCUUUAACGACGACAUGUGGGACGACGCGCCCGACGACGCGGAGGCGGCGCACGACGCGCUCGCCGGCGCCUCGCCGUGGGAGAGCGCGGGCGGCGGCGCGGCGGGCGGCGGGGAGGAGGGCUGGGCGCAGUUCGACGUGUUCCCCGCGCGCGACCCCUGGCGCGGCGCCGAGUUGCAACAGCAGAGCGAGCUGAAGCAAGGCUUGCAGAACAUGCACGUGAGCGGCUUCGAGGACGAGGACAAGGACGCGCUCACCCUCAUCCUGGCGCAGAAGAUGUUCACCGCCUUCCACAACAUGAGCCCCGACCAGGACCCCUCGCACCCCUCGCACCCCUUAGACCCUUCGCACCCCUCGAACCCCUCGGACCCCUCGGACACCUCACACCUCUCGGAACCUUCACACUCGUCAGACCCCACGCAUGCCUCGGAACCCUUGGACUUCUCGGAUCCUUCGGCCUCCAGCGCCGGCGACGAGCAGAGG